AGGGCUGAAUACGCGACAGCUAAAAUAGCGGUGUGGUGGGACAUGAAGGACUGUCCGAUUCCAGAUUGGUAUGAUGCUAGUCAGAUCCGACAGAGACUAGAAGGGGCGUUCAUGGAACGAGGCUACUCUGGUCCAGUCUCCAUCACUGCCUAUGGUGACCAAACAAAAACCUGCGAUUUCAACCUGAAAGGGCUCUUUUACACUGGAGUCUCUUUAGCACACACCAGAACCGGUUAGUUACACAAAUCUUUAGAACUUUUUUAUUUUUAUUUUUUUUAUGUAUAAAUUAGUUUUGGAUAUAUCAACUAAUUAAAUACAUACAUGUAAGAUGAGCUGCAAGGUGGAAUGGCGAGGUCAGAAUCCUCCUCCGGCAACAAUGAUGAUCAUAUCAGAUGAGCUGCAAGGUGUCUUCGAUUGGGAUCUGCUCCGGCUACAACAACGGACGCGAUACAACCUUUUUCUGGCUUAUUCAUUUGAGGUUCCUACUGUUGCAAUUAUCCUCUCCACAAGUGCAGAGUGGUGCUGGAAACGUUUACUAAAUAGUAAACCAAGCAGACUACGUGCUGUUCAAUGUGCCAAGUUGUAUUGCAGUUCGUGCAAUUUCGAUUGCCGGAACGUGAAUAAAUUCAAGAAGCAUCUCUCGAGUUAUAAGCACUUACGACAAGAGUAUGUAAACCCUACGUGCGACGAAGUCAUACGUGUAACGGAGAGCUGGGGAAUGAACUACAAGGCAACUCCUGAAUACGCCACAGCUAAAAUACAGGUGUGGUGGGACAUGAUCGCUUGUCCCCUUCCCCAAGGUUAUGAUGCUCGUCGGGUCCGUCCCAGUCUAGAAGCAGCAUUUAAGGAACUAGGCUACUCUGGUCCUGUCUCAAUCACUGCCUAUGCCGACCAUAACCAUACUCCCCUCCAAGCUCUCUCUUCCACUGGUGUGGAUGCUGUGCACGUCGUUCCCUAUUUCACAGGCGUGUCCUCAGAUGUGCGGAAGUGGCAUGAUAAGAAUCCUCCUCAGGCUGCUGCUAUAAUGAUGAUCAUAUCGAAUCAUGUGCAUUUGUAUGAAGAUUUGCUUGUCGAUCUACUCCAAGAGAAUAAUUACAACCUUUUUGUGGCUUAUUCAUUUAGGCCUACCAAAAUGUCAUUCCUCCUCACUUCUGCAGAGUGGCUCUGGGACAGAUUACUUUCAGUUUCAGAGAAAAGUGCACAGUUUCUUCAGAAGUGCAGUGAAAGUGAAAGCGGUGAACCUAGAGCAAUGUUUUAUUGCAAAUUCUGCAGCUUUGCUACCAAAAGCAUUGAUAAUUUCAGGACACAUCUCUCAACUGAUGAAGCACAUGCACAAGAAGAGAAGAGAAUUCCUGCGUAUCAUUAUUCUACUAUUGAGAGCCACAGGCUAGCCCGAGUAACUCAGUACCGUCGAGAUCACUGCCGAGAGGCAAACGAAAAGGUAUCGAAAGAGCAAACGCAUGAAGAAAGCGAUCCGUACGGGUUUUGGACUUCUUCAUAA